AAGAACCGUCCUUGUAAUAAUAUCCAAAUGGAACCCGCGAAUCCCCCCGUUUUCUGACCACACAAUGAAAACAGAGCAUGGAAGCGAGCGAUGAGCUGAGCAGAAGCGAAGAGAGCAGAUGGGAACGUUAAUGGUGUCGUCCUCCACCCUGACGUUAUCAACACCCACGAAGUAUUUCAGCCCCUCGAGCUUCUUCGCUCCUCAAGGCGAGGCCUCUGUUCCUUCCUCGCUCUUCAAGUCCCUCAGGCCCCCUGCUUUCUGGCCAUGGCAAAACCUGAAAAAGGUGAAGAUGGGCCCGCUGAGCGUGUCUCCGAUGGGGUUUGGGACGUGGGCGUGGGGGAACCAGCUCCUGUGGGGUUAUCAAGAAUCGAUGGACUCUGAUCUUCAGAGGGUCUUCAAUUUGGCCGUUGAAAAUGGCGUCAAUCUCUUCGACACAGCCGAUUCUUAUGGCACCGGUAGGCUGAAUGGGCAGAGCGAGAAGCUCCUGGGGAAGUUCAUCAAAGACCUUCAAGGGAACCAGCAGGGACAAGACGAGAUCGUGAUCGCUACAAAGUUUGCUGCCUACCCCUGGCGACUUUCGCCAGGUCAGUUCGUGGACGCGUGCAAGGCCUCUAUGGAGAGACUGCAGAUCAAGCAAAUCGGAAUUGGACAAUUGCAUUGGUCGACUGCAAAUUAUGCGCCACUCCAGGAGCAAGCCCUGUGGGAUGGUUUAGUGGCAAUGUAUGAAAAGGGUUUGGUUCGAGCGGUCGGGGUGAGCAAUUACGGACCAAAGCAGCUAGUAAAGAUUCAUGAGUACCUCACAGCCCGAGGCGUUCCUCUAAGCUCUGCUCAGGUGCAGUUUUCAUUGCUUAGCAUGGGAGAAGAUCAGUUUGAGAUAAAGAAGAUAUGUGAUUCUUUGGGGAUCCGUUUAAUUGCUUAUAGUCCUCUGGGACUUGGAAUGCUGACAGGAAAGUACACACCUUCCAAACUACCACGGGGUCCCCGUUCGUUCCUGUUCCGACAAAUUCUUCCUGGACUGAAGCCCUUGUUAUCUUCGCUAGAAGAUAUCGCACAAAGGCGGCGAAAAACCAUACCUCAGGUUGCUAUAAACUGGUGCAUCCGUAAGGGCGCGAUUCCGAUACCUGGAGUUAAGACAGUGGUGCAGGCCGAGGAAAAUUUGGGCGCUUUAGGUUGGCGCCUCAGUGCCAGUGAGAUUCUUCAGUUAGAAAACGCAGCAGAAGAAUCUCCGAAGAAAAUGAUCCAAAACAUCUUUCAGACGAGGUGAAACUUCAGCGAGGUAGUGACUGAACAGCACUAUUUGCUAAAGCAUCAGCUCAUCUGAAGUUGGAUGGGCUAAAUGUGAUCAAUCAAGCACAGGAAUUUCUCAUAGCGGGGGAAUGGAAAGGCAAUGGUAACGAGCUCAUAUCCGCUGUAGCUGAUGAGAUAUCGACAAUGACGUCAAUGUUGACGGGUAGAAGAAACGUUUCAAGAAGGGUCGUGCCUCCUCCUGUCUUGCUAGUUUUGAGCACUGGCAUUGCCUCUGGACAUGGCUUGUUUAGUUGUUUUGGGGCCAACUUUGCACGCGGUGUGUGAUUGUGUGGGUGCGUGCGUCCCUCUUACCUUCAAUUUUCUUUUUCCGUUGGCACAACCUUUCUCGUUGGAGAUAGUUGAUCAAGAGAAUAAUAGAUUCACUUGUGAA